AUGAAACCAUCUUUCAUAUUGAAAAAGGAAGAGCUUUUGACGCGUUCCAAUUUUGCGCAAAAGAAUUCGUGGGAACGCAGCCAUGUUGAUAGAAAGUCUGGAAGUGUGCGUGACAAUGAAAUGGAUGGGAGUGGCAAAGGCCAAAUUCAGACUUUAGGCCAAUGUUUUCCUGCACGUGACCUCUAUGUGUCCCCCUACUUGCUUCCUAAACCAUGCACGUGA